GCCUCCGUAAUUCGAAUACCAGGGCAGGCUCAGCCCGCCCAGCGCCGCGCUCCGGGGCCCAGCGUGCGGCACACGCAUCCACCCACCCACCCACGCAGCGGCCAUGGGCAAGGACAAGCAGCCCCGCGGCCAGCACAGGCAGAGGGGGCCAGCCGCGGACGCCGCCGGGCCCGACGACAUGGGGCCGAAGACGGGCAAAGGGGCCCCCAAACAGUGCGGGGAGGACGAGGCCCGGACGUGCUGCGGCUGCCGGUUCCCGCUGCUGCUCGCGCUGCUGCAGCUGGCCCUGGGCAUCGCCGUGACCGUGGUGGGCUUUCUCAUGGCGAGCAUCAGCUCCUCCCUGCUAGUCAGAGACACUCCAUUUUGGGCUGGGAUCAUUGUUGCCUCUUACCAUAUAGUACUUCCUUCACUUCACAAAGGUUAUUAUCCCAUUACUUUGGGAUUUGGGAAUCACCGUUCUCAUCAUAGAAUCUGGGUCUGCUUAGUGGCCUAUCUUGGUUUGUUUAUGCUUUGUGUCUCAUAUCAAGUUGACGAAAGGACAUGGAUCCAGUUUGCUAUGAAACUGUUGUACUUUCUGCUGAGUGCCGUGGGCCUGACAGUCUGCGUGCUGGCCGUGGCCUUUGCUGCCCACCACUACUCGCAGCUCGCCCGGUUUUCCUGCGGAACGGCUGCCGACGCCUGCCACUGCAAGGUGCCCUCUGAGGAGCCCCUCAGCAGGACCUUUGUGUACAGGGAUGUGACGGACUGCACCAGCAUCACGGGCACUUUCAAACUGUUCUUGCUCAUCCAGAUGAUUCUUAACUUGCUCUGUGGCCUUGUGUGCUUGCUGGCCUGCUUUGUGAUGUGGAAACACAGGUACCAGGUUUUUUACGUGGGGGUCAGAAUGUGCUCCCUCAGGGCUUCUGAAGGUCAGCAGCAAAAGGUCUAACGUUCUUGCUCACGGGUGGAAGACGAAGCAGCCCACUGCCGAGCUGAGGUCAAAAAAGAGAAAGGGAAGGAAGAAAGAAAGAGGAGGGAAAAAAAAAGAAAAAAAAAAACAAAAGGAAAAAAAAACUUUUGACAGUAACUAAUAGUCACUGUUCUAAAUGAAUAUUUUUGUAUUUUUCAGGAAAUAAAAGCAUCUCUUCAGGUUUCCAUAAUAUUUUUAAAAACUCUUACAGGGAAAUUAACAUCCAAACUGACUUUGGGACAUUAAAAGAACACGGAACAGGGAAAGAUGACAUGUCUAUCUUUGCCGUCUGGAGUUUAUCCCUCCUAUAGCUGUCCCCCGCUUCCUGAAAGUUGAGCAGUCCCAUGAAAACUUUUGUAAACCGAAAUGGUGUAAAGGGAGAGGCUGUUCUGUAGAAGCAAAAAAAUCUUCAGCUUUCUUUCAGUUAGCAGAAAUGGAUGGUCAUCUAGAUAGUUUCGGAGAGUGGGGAAAACCUGUCCUCAUUUUAUUCCUCAUUUGUAUAAUCUUUCCUGCAAGUUCAGGUUAUAGUGUGAAUUGGCAUUUCAGGUCCACGUCGUAAAUUUUGCCGUCUUUUCCGGAACCUCCCACCUCCCUCCAUGAUCUGCCCUAAGUCUCAGAGAAAGGCAGGGGUGGGGGAGGAGAGCUGAACAGCCAGGUUGAGCCUCUCUAUUUUUGCUGGUGGAGAUGUCUUCAAGGCAUGAAACAGCUUGAAGGAGCAGAGGAGAAGAGGAAGAGACUUCGCAAAGACGCGAUAAUUAUAAACACCUGGGCUGGGCGGAGGCCCUUUUUUCCUCAGCUCCCUGAGUUUGGCUCCACAAAUGGAUCCCUUGCUAAAUGCUUUGGAUGAUUGUCUGCUUCUCAAUAAUUGAAAGUUGGUGGUAGUUGUCUUCUUAAUGAUGUAGAAGGCUCAAAAAUAAUUACAUUAUGCUUCUAUUCUAUCAUCUAAAACAAAUCAUUAAAACUAAUUUCUACCUAAUUGUUAAUUAUAAUUAUGCUCCGAAGCCUACUUAAUGAGCCCUGGCUGUUCUUACGUAGUAGCACCAUCAGAGAAAUUACUCUCACAAGAGAGGAGGCUUAAAGAUUCUUUCUUAUGAAAGCCAAGCUUGACAAGGGAGAAGAGAAUUUUUUUUUUAUUAAUAGCUCAGGUUAAAAAUACUCAUUUAAACAAAAGCAAGAGCAUUUGUAAUGGGCGAUGUUUGUACAAAUAGCACAUUUGUGUAUGUUGUGGAGUAUCUCUCUUGGCAGCUAAGUCCUUUUGAGGAAGACUGGGGAUGGCCAUGCGUUCCAUUCAUAAAAGUGUAUCUGAUUUGUAAUCCUACUAUUGACUUGUAAGCACAGUUCCCCCGGAGACUUCAACUCCUGUUUUGAAGUCCUGACUUAAGCAUCUGCCCGUUGACUUGGAAGGUAGUUUUUAUUUUGUUCUGUUUUUAAGUUACCACGACUUUAAAAAAAAAAAAAAAAAAAAAAAAAAGCACAAGUACCCUAUGGUGGGAAUCUUUUCUCUCUUAUUAUCAAGUUCUGAACAAUAUCCAUGUUUUAAGGACAGAGCUCAGAAUGCAAAUUCAUGCAGCAUAAAUGUUAUCAAGAUCUUUCUCUACUAGCAUGCUCUAGUGAAAUCAGAGAUUCAAGAUAAUAAUGGAGAUGAAUUUGCCUCUCCACAUUGCCUAUUGAUAGACUCCACUAGUCAUGAAAUUCAAACCUAAAAGAAAAGCAUUUUCUUGUUUGCCUUAGAAGAUAGUCGAACAAUCCCAUUGAUUGCGACAGUAGUGUCAAUUUCUGCACAAUAUAAAUAUCCAAGUAAAGAGAAAAACGUUAAAUCAGUUGGAGGAUUGUAAAUAGCUUUUACGUUCUCCAGAUAAAACACCUGAUUAACAGAUGUGAAAACGUUUUUUAUGUAUUGACUCGCUUUAAAAAUGGCCUUCCUGCACAAGAGCUCAGGCCAAGAAUUCACAUUGGAGGGCUUAGUGGAUAAGACUCUGGGGUGGAGGUUUGAUCACACACAAAAACUACAGCAUCCUGAUGAUGACCUGAUAAAUACUCUGUGCGCUGUUAAAAAAACAAUACCAAUAACUGAAUGCAUUCUGAUCUGAACAGUUUCCUACAUAAGGAAGAAAAUGGCUGCUUAUCUGAAAUAUUAUAGCUGUCCUGUAGAGUGUGAUUUAAUGCUGAUCACUAUGAAUAGGGCACCAUUGGAAGCACACCCUGAUUUCUUUCAACAACUUUUUGUAAAAAGCAAACACUACAGGUCUUAUAUUAGAAAAUUAAAAUUCUUCACCAAAGUGCUUGGUGCUUUACACACGAUUCACAGGGUAUUUCAAAGGGUAGAAUAACUUUAGCUUAUGUGCUUUCUUUUUCUAAAUGAUGCCACCAGGCAGGAUUGACAUAAGUUUGAUAAUAAUCAGGAUAUAUAUAUCCUGAUUAUUACAUUAUUACAUUAUAUAUGUGUGUAUAUACAUAUAUAUACACAUAUAUAUACAUGUAUAUAUGUAUAUACACACAUAUAUAAUGUAAUAUACACAUAUAUAUACACACAUAUAUAAUGUAAUAAUGUAAUAAUCAGGAUAUAUUAAAAUCCCCAGUACAUACAUAUAUAUGUACUGGGGAAUUUUGCUAUUACAUAAUUAAAUCAUUCUUAAAUUCCUAAAAGAGGGAAAAAAUAAUCAUAAGUGAAAGAAGGAACAAAUAAAUAAAACAGGAAAAGAAAACCAAGAAAAGAGUCCCCUGCUGUGAACUGAGUAUUGAUAUGUGUAAGAAAUGUGUUACAUGAAUAACAAACUGCUUUGCGCUGGAUUCAAAGUAUUUUGAGGUUGUGUUUUGCAAAUAUUGAAGUUAUAAUAACGGCAACAGAAAAGGAACAGAUACACAGCUUUACACUUAGCAAAAUGUUACAUUUGAAAUCUGACAAGGAGCCAAGAUGGUGACUGUCUCUUCUAAACCAUAAAACAGUAAGAUUUGCGCAAUCCUCCUCUUCUUCCACCUCCUUCAGGAGAAUUAAAUGAAUCAAGACUUUGGAAAGAGGGGAAACUGCCAGGACUUGGCAGUACUUGAAAUAGGAGGAAUACAGCAGCCUAAAUGUACAGACUUUGUAACCGAGCCCACUCGAUUGGUCUGUGCCUUCACGUGACCGCCGCCAUCUGUGCCUCCCUCGCUCUGUCCAAAUCUGUGGAGGCAGCUCCUUGGAGCCAAGCCUAAAAAUAUAGCUAUGCCGGGCCCUAGAAACUGUAGUCAAGUAACAGACCUGACUUUGUGCUCCCCUCUUUUAAUUAAACGUCUAUAUGAUCUCUUUGGAGGGGUUUCCAGCUGCAAUGGCAGCGGGUUCCAAGAGUGAGGAUCAGUGCUAUGUGUGUUCUCUAUUCACAGCUGGGACAUCAGAAUCUCUAAAUACUCUUGUACUUCCCUUCUUGCAUGCGUUGUAUCUGGAAUAUGUUUAUAGAUUGUUAGUAAAGCGUGGGGUAGAGGGUAUCCAAGGAAGGUUCUGGAGGACAAGGUGGGGCAGUCAUUGAAUCAGGAGCAAACUUCCAAGUUGCCCUGGAAAACCGGUGCUAUCCUGUCACAAAGCCCACCUUUCCAUUUUCUUGGGACUGCCUGUGAACUAUUGCUGGGUCGCUAUUAACUUCCGUCAGUUGUGCUGGCUAUCCGUUUUUACCAGACUCUGAGAACUCUGUCCUGUUUCUGAACGGAUACGGAGUCUUCAGGGCAGCGUUAAAAAGAGCUGCUGCCAAAUAUAUUGACUCCCAGUGAGAACAUUUGUUCGGCUGAAGGCUCAGUGUUUCAGCCUGUGAAAUGGAUACCUUGAGUCUUCUUUUCUGGUUUUCUACUAUUUUAUUAUAUCGAAUGAUUAUCCCCUUCAAGAAUAUUGGUCUGCCUUCUGUUGUUGUGAUUGCAUUUUUCUGGCAUUGAUGAAACAGUGACUAGAAAACAUAGUGCUUUCCACAGGUUUGAGGUGGUCGUUUUUCAAGGGGAUGCACAUAUGCAGAUUUUCUUUAUUAAUAAAAUUUUCAUAAUCUCUGCAAACA